GUUAAUUAAUUACUUUUAAACGCUUUAUGCGCCAAUAAAUAUGCAAUGAAGUUUUUAUAUGGAGUGUGAUUUAUAUGGAUGUAUAUGAAGGCAUAUGUAAAGUGCAAUUGAAGGAAUAAAGGUUUCCACAAGUAGCCACAAUGUUGGCAAGGUUCGGCGGAGUGUUCUGCUGGUUCGACUUAGCGGUGCUGGCAGCGCGGUAAAUCCAGUUAGAGUCUUGUAAACAACUGUGAUAUGUAAGUGUGCUUACACGCUCCGAGCAUACUCGUCCAAUUUAAGGCUACAACAUCCGCUCGGCUCAAGUGUCGUACGCCAAUGGGUUUGACAAGAAAUGCGAGUCGUCAAGGUGUCGCAAGCAGCAUCGGUAGUACGAACAGCACUACCAUCCGUAACAUCAGCAGCAGCAGCAAUGGCACAAGCGAUUACAACAACAAACUUCCAAAUACGUCGAACGGCAGUCGUGUCGUCUACACAUCAGCUGAACAAUUUGCCACCAACACGAAUAACUCUCUCUACUACUUUGAGUAUACACCUGAUGAGUUGUCUGAGUUCUCGCUGGUCGCACCUGAGUUAGAGCCAUCGAUACAAGAACUCUCUGCGCCAUCAGCGUACUCAUAUCAGGAAACAAAUGCCCGCGCAGCCAAUCAUACGACGACGACGGCGACGGAAUUGCAGGGUGAGCCGCCACCUCCGUUCUAUACGAGUUUUAAUAUUUCGGACGAUAUCUUCGACUAUUUCAAUGGCUUCCUGGAUAGCACAGAGCAACAGCAAGGCGCUUUGCUGACCACAAGCAGCAGCGCGGAGAGUAUAACUAACACGCUUGGUAGCAGCAUAGGCACGGCGACGAAUUUCUCGCUCACAUCAUACGUACAAAUUACGAAUAGCACACGCGAGCCGGGUUUCUUCGAGUUUCUCAGUUUGCUGCCGAAUGAGCGCAUAUCGCUACUUUCAUUUCUCUUCCUUUUCUCCUUCGCCACAGUUUUCGGUAAUGCGCUCGUCAUAGCGGCUGUUGUGCGAGAACGUUAUCUGCAUACCGCUACUAAUUACUUCAUCACAAGUCUAGCCGUAGCCGAUUGUCUAGUUGGUUUGGUUGUGAUGCCGUUGUCGGCGUUGUACGAAGUGCUCGAAAAUACAUGGUUUUUUGGCACCGACUUCUGCGACAUCUGGCGCUCUCUGGAUGUGCUUUUCAGUACGGCGUCCAUACUGAAUUUAUGUGUGAUAUCAUUGGAUCGUUACUGGGCCAUCACGGAUCCAUUUUCCUAUCCAAUGCGCAUGACGAUAAGACGUGCCGUAAUGCUUAUCUGCGCGGUAUGGGUAUGUUCGAGUGCCAUCAGUUUUCCGGCGAUUGUGUGGUGGCGUGCUGCGCGUGAUGGCGAAAUGCCCGCAUAUAAGUGCAUCUUUACGGAGCAUCUGGGUUAUUUGGUAUUUUCAUCGACGAUCUCAUUUUACCUGCCACUCUUAGUUAUGGUCUUCACAUAUUGUCGCAUUUAUCGUGCGGCAGUUAUACAAACACGUUCCCUCAAGAUCGGCACGAAGCAAGUGCUUAUGGCUUCGGGUGAACUGCAACUUACAUUGCGAAUACAUCGUGGUGGCACAACGCGUGAACCUUCGACAAGCACGUCACAUCAUCCAACCAUACAUGGCUCGUUGGGUGGCGCGCCGAGUGGCGUUGGCGAUGGCUCACAACAUCACCGACACCACUCACAUCAUCAUCAUAAUCACAGCGCAUCGGGCACGACGACAUCGACGCCCGAAGAACCCGAUGACGAGCCGCUGUCGGCGUUGCACAACAAUGGUCUGGCCCGGCAUAGGCAUAUGGGAAAGAAUUUUUCGUUGUCGCGAAAGUUGGCGAAAUUCGCCAAAGAAAAGAAAGCGGCCAAAACGCUGGGCAUUGUAAUGGGUGUAUUUAUCGUGUGCUGGCUACCGUUCUUUGUAGUAAACCUACUAUCCGGUUUCUGUGUGGAGUGUAUAGAGCAUGAGGAGAUAGUUUCGGCGGUGGUGACGUGGUUGGGCUGGAUUAAUUCGUGCAUGAACCCGGUCAUAUACGCAUGUUGGAGCAGAGACUUCAGAAGAGCUUUUGUGCGCCUGCUGUGCGUCUGCUGCCCACGUAAAAUACGCCGCAAAUACCAACCGACAAUGCGUUCCAAGUCGCAGAGAUUUGCGACGCGACGUUGCUAUUCGACAUGCUCACUGCAUGGCAUUCAACACGUGCGACACAACUCCUGCGAACAGACAUAUAUCUAGUGUUAGUUGUA